AGUCGCCCGUUCGGGUCUCAGCACCUUCCAGACCGUCGUGCCCUCCACACCAACCAACCAACUACCAACAUGAGCAAGUCGUACUCCGCCUCGGCCCAGAGCGCCUCCUCGUACCGCCGCACCUUCGGCUCCGGCGUGGGCUCCUCUCCCAUGUCCUCCAUGUUCUCGUCGAUGGGAGGACGCGGCAGCAGCUCCAGCCACAUGUCCUCCAGGGUCUACGAGGUCAAAACCCUGGGCUCCCCGGCCUUCUCCAGCUACAGGGUGUCUGGCGCAGGGGGUGGCAUCGGCUCCUCCGGCGCCGUCAGGACCUUCUCCGGCGAGAAGCUGGACUUCAACCUCGCCGACGCCAUGAACCAGGACUUCCUCAACACCCGGACCAACGAGAAGGCCGAGCUCCAGCACCUCAACGACCGCUUCGCCAGCUACAUCGAGAAAGUGCGCUUCCUGGAGCAGCAGAACGCCGCCCUGACCGCCGAGGUGGAGAAGCUGAGGGUCAGGGAGGGGCCCGGGCGCGUGGCGGACAUGUACGAGGAGGAGAUGAGGGAGCUGAGGAGGCAGAUCGAGGCGCUGGCCAAUCAGAGAGCCAGGGUGGAGGUGGAGAGGGACAACCUGGCUGAUGAUCUCCAGAAGCUCAAACUCAGACUGCAGGAGGAAAUCCACCAGAAAGAAGAAGCUGAGAACAACCUGUCUGCCUUCAGAGCUGAUGUGGACAAUGCCACUCUGGCCAGACUGGACCUGGAGAGACGCAUCGAGAGCCUGCAGGAGGAGAUCGCCUUCCUCAAGAAGAUCCACGAGGAGGAGAUCCGUGAGCUGCAGAGCCAGAUGCAGGAGACUCAGAUCCAGGUCCAGAUGGACAUGUCCAAACCCGACCUGACCGCUGCCCUCAGAGACAUCAGAGUCCAGUACGAGGCCAUCGCCGCCAAGAACAUCGCAGAGGCCGAGGACUGGUACAAGUCUAAGGUGUCCGACCUGAACCAGGCUGUGAACAAGAACAACGACGCCCUGCGCCAGGCCAAGCAGGAGAGCAUGGAGUACAGGCACCAGAUCCAGUCCUACACCUGCGAGAUCGACUCCCUCAAAGGCACCAACGAGUCCCUGCUGCGUCAGAUGAGGGAUCUUGAGGACCGCAUGGGACGUGAGGCUGGAUCGUACCAGGAAACCAUCACUCGCCUGGAGGAGGACAUCGCCAAGAUGAAGGACGACAUGGCGCGUCACCUGAGGGAGUACCAGGACCUGCUCAAUGUGAAGAUGGCUCUGGACAUCGAGAUCGCCACCUACAGGAAGCUGCUGGAAGGAGAGGAGAGCAGGAUCACGACCACAGUGCCCCUGCCGUCCGCCUUCUCCUCCAUCGGCUUCAGAGAGACUAGUCCAGAGUCCCAGAAGCAGCGUUCCUCUGAGGUUCACUCCAAGAAAACUGUGCUCAUCAAAACCAUCGAGACCCGCGACGGAGAGGUGGUGAGCGAGUCCACGCAGCACCAGCAGGACAUCAUGUAAACAAACAAGAUGGCCGCCCGACAAAAGCCGAAUAAAAAUGCAUAUUCCGCCCACGUCCGUUUUCAAAAUCCCACCGCAGAACAGAACAGAACAGAACCUCGGAUAAUCCCCCUUAUGUAAAGACGACGACAUGUUUAGCGUUUAGGGCCGCAGUCCAAGGCGUUUUAUCUCAUGCGAAUAAGAAACGUUAAAGGUUGUAUAGAGGAUUUUUUAAGGGAAGAGAAAUACAGCGACGUUCUUUUUCAAAUGUUGUGCAUAAGUCACACCACCUUCCUCCUCCACAGCUCCGCCUCUUUACUCUAGAAAUCACACUUGUUUACAUCCAGUGCACAUUCAGAAUCACUGUUGAAGUGACCUGUCUAGAAGUAAUUUACGUAACAUCAGUUUUUAGACUCUUCGUCUGCUUCAGUCGCGCCAUCGCUGGAAGAAAUCUCCAAAAAUCACCUCAGUUUGUUUUCCCCUUCUCUUCUUCUUUCAGCGACCUCAAAAACAGACUUUCUUUUGCGGCGAACCGGCCGUGGAUUCUCGUCCGCCUUCGCAACAAACUUUGUGCGAACUGCGAGGAAGCUACAGUUUGAAAAAGCCUCUAAGAACCGCUGCGUAAACCACGUAAUUACCAGCGCGCCAACGAGUCAGUUACACUAGAAACGUAAGGAGUUUGAUUGACAACUUAACAGCCAAUAGAAAAUGAGACAGCCUCGUUUUCUAUUGGCUGAUGUUUAUCUGGCCUCACUACGUCCACAGUUGAGAGAUUUUCUUUUUUUGGUCAUCAUAAUUACAAGGCUGUUGCGUCUCUAAUGGUAUUUUAAACUUUCAUUGACAAUUUGAAACAAAAAAAAAAAUCCUCCAUACGACCUUUAAGUGAAUGCAAACGGUAUGUACGAGCAGGAGGCGUUACUACGGUUACUACGGUUUUAAAUAAGGGCAUUCCAAAAAAAAAAAAAAAAACUCUUUAAAGUUCUCUGUUUUUAUUUUUUUUUCAUGUCAGUUAUAAAGAAAUAUAAACAAUGUAGAAAAUCGAUGUCAUUUUGUGCGAUUAUUAAAGCUGCAUUGUGUAACUUUUCUGGUGGAAGGUCCGUCAAAUGCUUUUUUUUUUUUUUUUUUUUUUGUGGAAAUGUUGUCGCUUCGUCCGGAAUUUUUCACAGUUCGGCGUAAACUUAGACGGAGUUUAUUUGAUCCACAGGGAAGUUAAACCUUUCUGUCACCAUGGAGACCAAACCAGAGCAAGUUAAGUUACAGGUCGCGUCUGUGGAGAGGCGACGCCGCGCGCAGUCAGAAUGUCGUUUUUCUAGGUGUUUUUGAGCGAUAAAACCAGCUGUAAAUUCCAGGCAUUGCAGUGAUUUUUCCACAGAAACGAGCAAAUGACGGACCCCAGAUCAUGAAGUUCCACAGUGCAGCUUUAAACGGUUGAACACAGAAGGUUGUACGAUGUUGUUGGUCUCGAGUUGAAGCUUGACGUUGUCCGCUGAUGGAAACGAUCGUGACUCUAAGCACGUGGUCUGUGUGAGUCCACGCGACGCUGCAUCACUGCCCCAAUUCAAAUAAACACAUUUGAUAAUAA